AUGGCUUCAGAAGACACGAAAGAUACAGUAACAGUUGGAGAGUUUUUGGAGCUGCAAAAGAGCUUAGAAGAAGAAGCUCGAGAAGUUCUACCAUGGAAUUUUGAUCGCUGCACAUAUAGUAAGGGAUAUUUGCGUCAGGCUGUGUAUGCUUGUAAAACUUGCAAGUCCAGCUCAGACUCUAGUCCAGGAGGUGUUUGUUAUUCUUGUUCCAUUGCUUGUCAUGCAGAUCAUGACCUUAUUGAGUUGUUUAACAAGCGCAAUUUUCGAUGUGAUUGCGGAACAGCAUGUUUUGAAGAAAGUGCAUGUCAACUAGAACCAAAGCCACAAGACGCGUUAAAUGAAACCAAUUGCUAUAAUCAUAAUUUUGAAGGCCGGUUUUGCUGGUGCAAGGUUGAUUACGACCCAGAACGAGAGGAAGCUAAUAUGCAUCAAUGCGUUUUAUGUGAAGAUUGGUUUCAUGAAAAUUGCAUCGAUGGGGAAAAACAAGGAGAAAAAAAUUUUUCGCUGCCUGAUUUGGAUAGUUUUGAAGAAUAUAUCUGUCGCACAUGUACUAGCAAGCAUUCUUUUCUUAAGCUCUAUAAAAACUCGUAUAUGUUCUUUUCAGGAACAACAGUAAGGAAAAAUGAAGAAGCUAGUGCAACAGAUAAUGAUAAGAAACAAAAAAAUGACGAAUUUCAAGUUGAAACAUUCGUUUCUACAAAUAAAAGAAAAUUAGGCGAUGACCAGGAAAUUGAUCUAAAAAUUACCGCGUUAACCAAAAAGGCGAAAAAUGACAUUGAAUGCAAACUUGAACGAUGGGAGUCUGUUAUGGAUAGCAUUGAUGUUGAUUUAUUUUGCAUACAAAAUUGGCGCGAUGAAUUGUGCAGAUGCAACAAGUGUAUGUAUCUUUAUAAAUCGCAUCAAAUAGAGUUUAUCCUACAAGAAGAAGAAACUUACGAACCUCCACAUGAUGAUGAUACGCAUACUUCACUUUUUGACAGCGGAAUGAAGUUGUUAGCACAAAUGGAUAGAGUUACAGCAAUUGAAGGAGCGAUUGCAUAUGCAAAACUAAGGGAUGAUCUUGUGGAAUUCUUGAAACCAUUUGAUGAUUCUGGAAAGACAGUGACAGAACAAGAUAUUCGAGCGUUUUUUGAGUCUAAGCGAAGUGAACGUAAACCUUCAGACACUAAUUCUUUCUUUUGA